UUUAAUUGGAAAAAGUAUUAAUGAUUAUAAAGGAACUGAUGAAGAAAUAUUGAAAUUGUUAGAAAAUCGAGGAAUAAUUAAUGAAGAGCAAAAAAAAAUUUUAGAGGGAAUAAGAAAAAAAUUCGAAGAGGAGAGAAAGGAAAUAGAAGAAAUAUUAAGAAAUUCAGAAAGAGAACACCAAGAAGACAAAAAAAACAUAAAGCGGCAGGAGGAAAAAAUGAAAAAGUGGCAAGAGGAAAGAGAAAAAAACAAAAAAACGCAACAACAAAAACUGCCUCAAAAUGACAAAGAAGAAGAUUCGGAAGAAAAAGAAAAUCAAGACAGAGGUAACACUUCAUCAGAAAAAGAAUCAGAUAAACCAGUUAAUUCUCUUCUAUCCACCCCCACUAUCUACUCCCAUUACAAUUCCGAUAAAGCCAAAUCAGAAAUAGAAAACAAUCCUCAGUUAACUACUCCCAAACAAAGAAAACAAGCCCAAGCAUUCUUAAAACUAAUCAUUGCUGCCGAACUAUUAGUUAAAGAGAAGAAGUUUAACCAACAAAUUUUAUCACAACUAGCGAAAGAAAAACAAGAAAAUACAAUAUUUUAUCAGCUCUCAAACAAAGAAAACAGAGUGGAUAAAGUAGUUAAUCAGUUAGAGAAGACAAAAAAAUCUCACAAAAAAGCAAAUCCAACAGCAGGAGUUAAUAAACAAUCCAUUUCCUUGCCUACCAAAAUAUUUCUGGGAAUAGUGAUAAGUAGUAUGGCGCUAGGAGUUAUAAUUAUAUCGUUGCGGGAACUAAAAGGGAUUAAGCGCACCACUGGCCAGCAUCCGGGUGGUCUUUUAAUUACUUUGCCUAAUACUGAUAUUCAAAAAUAUACCCCUUUAAAUUACCCCGCUGACAAUCGACAUGACGAACCCACCAUCUUACAUAAAUUAUUUCAAUUGACUGGGGUUGACCCCAACAAAAUAUCUUUUCACGAUGAAAAUAUAAUGCAAAUGUUUACUAAUGCUGAUACUUUAGGAAUACCAGAAUUUGGUACCGAUUUUGUCAAAAGAAAUUUAUUAACUCCUCUGAAACCGACUAAAUUCUCGCAAUUAGUUCAAAUUUCCGGUUUUUCUCACGGCACUAAUGUUUGA